AAAAGUCCAUCCUCUUCUGAAGAUAUCAGUAUGAAGACACCAACAUCUCAGAAAUCUUCCUCACAGGGGUUUUCUGGCCAGUUUGGUAACUUCACAAGUCCUUCAUCUUCUGAAGAUAUCAGUAUGAAGACACCAACAUCUCAGAAAUCUUCCUCACAGACUCGUGACUCAGGUAUUGUGGUCAGUGGGACAAGGCGAAGGCUGAGGAGUGAGAGCUCAUAUGACAUUGACAAUAUUGUUAUCCCCAUGAAUCUCGUGGCACCUAUUAAGCUGGAGAAACUUCAGUACAAAGAAAUCCUCACUCCCAGUUUUAAGGAGAUGGUCUAUGAACCUCUGGAAGCUCCUCCUGAUAUAGAGCUGGAAGAUUUAUCAGAUGAUGUAUAUUCUCGUCGACAUGAGAAGUAUGAACAGAGAGAGAAGGCCCGCUGGUCAUUUUGGCACCAGAACAAACAGCCCAAGAAGAGCAGUUCUUCAAGUCAUGGUUUUGCUGUAUGGUCAGGAAAGGAAUUCCAAGGUAAUGAAGAGAACUACAGGCCAGGUUUUGUGUCACCAAUUUCUUCUGACACACAGUCACCUUAUCCCAAGGAACCUCCAAACCAACAGCCAUCAGAUAAACCGCAGCAUGACAAG